AUGUCUACUUCAGGCCCAGCAUCAACAUCGCCAGCUGCCGCAGCUGUUGCCGCAGUAUUUGGAACAGCCGAGCCACUCGAGGCUAUCCUCCUUCAAGCAGACAUGUUCGACGUCUUCCGUGCACAGAGGGUGUACGAUCAACAACAAACCGCAUCACCUUGCGAUCAUCAGGAUGCAGCUACUCACGCCAAGACUCCAACGUAUGUGGCCAGCGACAACCGGCCCGCACGUACUCCAAUUCCCAGAAGCCCACUUUUGCUCACCCAUCCACUCGAAGGCGCACGAUUCCUCUCCUCCGGAUCAAGAUCUCUCAAUCUCGCAGUCCACGCCCGCCCGAGGAUUCAUUCAUUCCACUUCGUUCGAAAUCCUGACCGGGCUCGCCUAAAAGCUAGGAAUGCAUUCCCGCAGCCCGGAAACUCCACGUAA